AAUGAUGAGUAGAGUUGAAAGGGUGGAGCACAUCUUUUCUCAUUACAAUUCACACUGGCUAGAGGCAUGGCCCAAAAGAUACAACAUGGAAACCGGGUACUACCUCCCCUACCUCCCAAGCCACCAAGUUCUGAGACGGAAUUGCAGCCAACAGGGAUUUACAUAUUUGCCGGUCCAUCAGCACCCCCCCUUCCUUCAGACAUAGAUUCACUAAGUAGUUUCGGAGACAAGGGAGAGUAUGAUGACACGGGCUCUAUAACUCAGAUGGAUCCUCAAACACAGCAGUGGUCAUCGUCAGAGAAAGAAAAAAACAACAUGGAAAUGCAGAAAGCUUAUUCCAGCUCUCAGACUCCCCAAGGGAAAGACAGCAGAAGAAUGCAUAUGUUCAUUCUUUAUGGGAUGAUUGUUGUAUGCUUUGCGAUGUUGGCUGCAUUCAUCUUCCUGUUCUUGGUGAAGUACUCAGCAAUUUCAGAGGAACUGAAAGAGUUACACAUGAACAACUCUGAGAUGACAAUGAUUGUGCUGAAGGACCUAGAUGAUAUCCGAGCAAAGCAAGAAAUUAUGCAGAAAUCUGUAAGAAAUGACUUCAUUGAACUUCAGAGUAUCACUGGAUUCAUCUGCAAACACUUCUCAAUCACUUAUUCAUCGUGCCCCUCAAAGUGGAAGGCCAAAGCGAAUACCUGCUAUUACUUUUCAACUGGGACAAAAACCUGGAGUGAGGCUCUGUCCUUCUGUAUUGGGCAGAGUGCUCAUUUGGUCUCUGUGGAAUCUGAUGAGGAACAGGGUUUUCUGAGAAAUACUAUCAGUCUCAAAGGAACAUACUGGCUGGGUACAACUGACAUAGUACAAGAUGGAAAAUGGAGAUGGAGUGAAGGUGAUGUGCUUGUAACUACCAGCUUUUGGGAUAUCGGGGAACCAAAGAAGGGUUAUAACAAAGACUGCGGCAUCAUGUACCCCAACGGGUCAUGGGCAGCUGCUGCAUGUUCCCUUCCACAUCACUGGAUUUGCAAAAAGCGCCUCAUUUGCUGAGAUGCCUCUCCGACUCGCUCCUGGGACAGGACUGUGCUGCUUUACAUACCCCUAUUCCAUCUUGGAAUGUAUUCUAACGUCCUAGCAUUGAAUUGAAAAUCAAGCCUUUUGUCAUUCUUUUCUUCCAGGCCUUAAGGAACUCCAUGUGUCAGUUAUGAUCCCAUGUUAGCCAUAACAGACCUCAGAGAUAGGAUAUGGCCUAUUAUGCAUGGGUGUUUCCACCAUGCAUGUCUGUUGGGUUUUGUUUUUUUUGUCCUGCACUGAUUUUUCUCCCUUCAGCGCUCAGUUUGCUUUCUGGUCACCGUUUCUCAGGGUUUUCCCGAGUGUGCUUUUGUGCUGAUGUCCCCGUUGUUUCACUUCUAAGAUGAAGGUAAUUUGAAAGCAUACAGAUUCCGGCAGAUUUCUUCCCCUGCCCUUCCCCACCCCCCCCCAUAUCGAGGUUGUUCCACUGACUCUGUAUCUUCAGCCAUCCUCAUCCUUUCAUCAGUGUACAAGCUUCAUUGGUUUUUUUUUUACAAGUGCCAUGAGUUUAACAAUAUGAAACUAUCACUAGUAUCGGAUUGCUGAAUAAUAUAAAAUAAAACGAUAGGGGAAUUUUAAAA